AUGCUAAUGUUGCUUGCGUUUGGAGUGCUGCUUCAAGAAAUCCUGGCUAAUGCCCAAGAUGAAAAUCUUACUGAAAUCAAAAACAUUCCAGAAGUGUCAUUAUAUAGCUACAAAAGUAUCAAUGUACCAGAAGAGCAUAUUCCAUACUUUCUGCACAACAAUCGGCAUAUUGCCACAGUCUGUAAGCAGGACUCUCAUUGCCCAUAUAAAAAAUACUUGAAGAAUCUAAAAUCCUGCUGGGGCUAUGAGCGAUCCUGCAAGCCAGAAUUCAGGUUUGGUUACCCGGUGUGUGAUUAUGUUGAAACGGGAUGGGCCAAUGUCAUUGAGACAGCUCAGCAGAUCUUCUGGAAACAAGCUGACUUUGGUUAUGUUAAAGAGAGGCUGAAUGAAAUGAAAACCCACUGCAAGCCUAUAGCAAAGGGUGAUUCAUCUCUGGCCUGCUCACAGUACCUUCAGCAUUGUAGAGCGACAAACUUGUACAUUGAUUUAAGAACCACAAAGCGAAACCAUGACAGAUUCAAGGAAGACUUUCUCCAGAAAGGAGAAAUCGGAGGUCAUUGUGACUUUGACAGUCAAGCCUUCAUGGCUGAAGGUCAGCGCAAGAGCCCUCUGCAGUCUUGGUUUGCCGAACUCCAGACAUAUACUCCACUAAGCUUCAGACCCAUAGAAGAUGGCAAAUGUGACAUUAUUAUUGAAAAGCCAACUUACUUCAUGAAAUUAGAUGCAGGUGUUAAUAUGUAUCAUCACUUCUGUGACUUUGUCAAUCUUUAUAUCACUCAGCAUAUUAACAAUUCGUUCAGCACAGAUGUCAACAUUGUCAUGUGGGACACUAGCUCGUAUGGCUAUGGUGAUUUGUUCAGUGAGACCUGGAAGGCAUUUACUGACUAUCACAUAAUACACUUGAAAGCAUAUGACUCUAAAAGGGUAUGCUUUAAAGAAGCAGUGUUUUCAUUAUUGCCUCGAAUGCGAUAUGGCUUAUUUUACAAUACACCACUGAUCUCUGGCUGUCAUGGUACAGGAUUAUUUAGAGCAUUUUCCCAGCACGUGUUACACAGAUUAAAUAUCACACAAGAAGGACCCAAGGAUGGAAAAAUUCGUGUCACAAUACUUGCACGCAGUACAGACUACCGGAAAAUAUUGAACCAGAAUGAGCUUGUGAAUGCUUUGAAAACAGUAUCGGCGUUUGAGGUCAAAGUAGUAGAUUACAAGUACAAGGACCUUGAAUUUUCAGAGCAAUUGAAAAUCACACACAACUCUGAUAUAUUCAUUGGAAUGCAUGGAGCUGGACUUACCCAUUUACUCUUUCUGCCAGACUGGGCUGUUGUCUUUGAACUAUACAACUGUGAGGAUGAACGCUGCUACCUAGAUUUAGCAAGGCUGCGAGGCAUUCGUUACAUUACCUGGCAAAAAAAGAACAAAGUGUUCCCUCAAGAUCAGGGACACCACCCAACACUGGGAGAACACCCAAAGUUUACUAACUACUCAUUUGAUGUGGAAGAAUUUAUGUACCUUGUGCUUUUGGCUGCCGAUCAUGUAUCACAACAUUCCAAGUGGCCGUUUAGGGUAAAACAUGAUGAAUUCUAG